AUGGACGCACUACAACCAACGCGGACUCUGUGCUUUUUCGCGCUGUUUUUAUUUAUCUGUGCUGCGUCUGCACACAGUGUUCCAAAACAUGAUCACGUGGAAGAUGAAAGAUUUGAAGUAUACGAUGGUGUUUUUGUGAAUAUACCCAAGGACAAUAGCACCGGGAGGAUGCUCUCUAUUGACGUGGAUACUGAAGUCACUGAAGGUCGAGGUAAGAAGAAAAACAUCAUGCAGAAAAUUAUACCGAUGUUCAUCCUGCCGUUCAUCCUUCAAUCAUCACUUAUGCCUCUAGUCCUAGGCAUGCUCAAGUUUAUGCUCAUCAAAUCAUUCCUGGUUGGAAAAUUAGCACUCACUCUUAUUAUGAUCAAUGCAUUUAAAAAUCAUAAUUCGUUUAAAGGACGCGAUGCAGAAGCAGCCAGUGAACAUUAUGGCUACCACGAAAAUGGGAUAGAACCUAUUGCAACAUAUUUAAAUUAAAAUUAAUAUAUUUUCGACUAUUUCGCUGUCUAACUGAUUAGCUUAAUCAGGAUAACAAAAGUGCUAGUUAGUGAAGGCUUGUUUCGAACACUCUAUAGGAGAAACAUAUUUUUAUAAACAAUGUAUUUAGCUUGAUAUUUAGAUUACCUGUACCUUU